AUGGCUGCUCCGAAUUGCCCCGGACAGCGGGAGUCACCAGGGUACUGGAGGGUCUUGCAGUUCCCUCAUGGGGUUGGGGUGCUCCCAGUUGGGAGGCUGGAAGCUCUUUUCAAUCAGCACCAUCAUCUCUUUCCUCAGACACGGCCCAACAGGAUCAACAGGGCCAGUAAGAUGUCACUGCUUGCCUGGGAGCAGGAGACGGGCAUCAGACUGGUGCAGGUCAACGGGCAGAGGCGCUACGGAGGGCCCCCCCCAGGCUGGGUGGGUGACCCGCCACCGGCCAGCACCGAGGUGUUCAUCGGGAGGCUGCCGCAGGACGUGUACGAGGACACCCUGAUCCCGCUGUUCGGGAGCGUGGGGAGGCUCUACGAGUUCCGCCUCAUGAUGACCUUCAGCGGCCUCAAUCGGGGCUUUGCCUAUGCCAGGUACAGCUCGGAGCUGGAGGCCAGCAAGGCCAUCAGCACCUUCCACCACUUCCAGGUGCGCAGGGGCUGCACCAUCAAGGUGUGCUGGAGCACKCAGAAGUGCGAGCUCGUCAUGGAUGGCCUGGCUGCCUCGACGAGCCAGCAGAAGCUGGAGGCCGUGCUGCAGACAGUCACUGAGGGCAUCUUCUGCGUCACCCUGCACRCCAGCCUCUUCCAGAGAGGGGCCAAGCUGGCUGUGCUCAAGUACAGGUCGCACAAAGCUGCUGCCAUGGCCAAGAAAACCCUGAUGGAAGUGAACCUUGGGCUCGGGGAAGCGGUGCAGAUGGUGUACUGGCUGGACCCCGUGCUGAGGCGGAAGCUGUCACGCUGCGAGGUGGAGCCAUCGCCAUCAUCCAGCCUGGUGUACGAAGGCAGGAGCCUGGCAGUGCCCAGGCCAGCGGCCCUGCCUCCAUCGCAGCAGAACGUGAUGGAGAACAUGAGCACACCCCUGUUCGUCUCCAAGUGUGUCCAGGUGGAGCCCGAUGGAUGCCAGCGUUUCUGGAACCAGGUGGUGAUCCCRGGAGGCCCUGAGCCCAUCGCUGGGUUCGUGUGGGUCCCGCAGGGCAGCCAGGGCCAGAGACAGGACSAGGAGGCCAAGGUGGCAGAGGCCCUGCACUUUCUCCAGCUGCCAGGUGAGUCCUUGAAUUUGGUGCCAGCAGAUAUAGGCAGCGCUGUGCCGGAGCCACCAUGGAGCCUGAGCCGCCAGCCAUGA